AUGACAACCCCAACCUUCACAAACUGCUACGCAACCCUCAACAUCCCGCACGACGCAGACAUCAAGGAGAUAAACAGCGCCUACAAGCGUCUCGCGCUGAAGCACCACCCAGAUAAGACAGACGGAGGCGACACCCAGACGUUCCAGAAGAUUCACUACGCCGUCGAAACCCUCCGCGACCCAUCCCGCCGCGCCACCCACGACGCCACCCUUGAGCAAUACCAGAGCCUGAAUGUCAGUCACGACUACUACGGCCGCCAUACCGGGCGGAGCCGCUACUGGGAGGGCCAGUACCGGGCCCCCAAUGAGGAGAGCCGGUAUCAGACUUCCUAUGGGUACAGCGUGCAUAUGGAUCCGACGUCGCCGGAGUCGAUUGAGAUCGUGGAGCAGAUGCGGCGCGAGCAGGAGGUUAGUGAGCAGUUGCAGCGCGAGCGUGAGUCGUGGGAGGCUGAGGCUCAGGCGGAGGCGGAGGCUGGAGCUGCUGAGGGCCUGUUUCAGGAGGGAGGUGGAGGGUAUUAUGAUGAGGGGUAUGUGCUUGAUGAGAGGUUGAGUCCUUGGUCUUCUUCUUCGGAGGAGCCUUUGGGGUAUUAUGAUGAGAGUGGGUGUUUGGUUACGAGGAAGAAGGAUAAGAGUAAGAAUAAGAAGAAGGGGGAGGGGAAGGAGAAGGGGAAGGUGCAGGCUGGUGGGAAAGCGGGAAUUAAGGGUGAAGAGGGGGAUCAUGCUGGAGAGGAUGAAGGGGAGGAAGAGGAGGAGACCUGGAUUGGGUAUUCGUCCAAGACGGCUUACUGGUCGAAGGAGAAGCAGGCCAGGGAUAAGGCGAAGGAGGAGAAACACGCUAGGUGGAUGGCGAGUGUUCUGGACGCUGAGGCGGGCUGGGAGGCCAUGAAGAAGGGGAAUUCCAGGUGGAGAACGCAGGGGAUGGAGAAACCUGAGGAUGAGCUUGAAGGUGAAGAGGAGGGAGCUGAGGAUGGAGUCGAGGAGCGUGAGGAGUACGAACAGGAGGACUUCGAGGAAAAGUAUCAGCACGAUGAGGAAGACUAUGAAGAGGAGGAUGAAGAGUAUGAACAGGAAGAGCUUGAAGAAGAGGUUCAGCAUGAAGCGGAGUGCGUUGACCUCUUGUCAGACGGAGAAGAUGAGGAACCUCAUGGGGUGGAGAACAAGAUCCCCAUGGGAAAUCUGAUUGAUUUGGAAAAUGACGCGAAAGAUCACGCAGAGGUGCAGGCUGGAUCCAGCAAAGCAAGUACUGAGCUUGCAACCCAGCUACCUGAAGACCACAGAUCGGCCAAUCUUUUGGAUUUGGAGGGAGACGAGAGCAUGCAAGCUGGUCCAGCGGUAAGUUCUUAUGCAGCGGUGGAUCUAGAUGUCCCGCCAGUCGGUGCCGGUACGGAAGAGCGCGCAGAUGGUGGCUGGAAGGAGGACGCUGAAAGUUAUGGAUUGCCCGGUGGCGAAGUCUUCCACGAGAUGUUCUGCAAAGAAGAUAUUGGGCCUAAGCGGAAAGCAAUAUGCAUGUGUGAACGGAUUGAGGGAAUUUCAAACGAUGAAAAGGACUGGUUUCGAUAUCCUGGGCAGAUGCCAUGGGGCAUGAGCUUGCCUGAUGGUUCUGAAAAGGACAUCAGUGACAGCAGUGACGAUGAAGACUCAGACGAAGACGAGGUGGACUCCGAGCUUGAGGACGAAGACGAACUUGAGGACGAAGACGAAGACGAAGACGAUGAUGAAGAUGAAGAUGACGACAGCGAAGAACAUGACUCCGAAGAAGACGACUCGGAAGACCACGAGCACAACUCAUACGUCGAACACGACCAUAAACGCCAUGAACCGCAGCAUCACGCCGCCCUCAAAGACCACGAUAGCCAUCAUUAUCCCACACCAACCUCCCGGAACAAAGCCAGCAAACACGAGACCGCAUACUCCGAAACCGGGUCCCAACCCGAGUAUUACUACUCGUGCGGCACGAAGGACGAGCAACGUGCUACAGAGCCGUCGGAGGUGUCGGAGGCAUCCGACUCCGACUUCGUGACUGCCAACGAGGACAUCGCUCCCUCAAUCCGGUCCUUUCUCCAGGCUGCUGACACCGAGCCCUCUCUCUCCAGCCUCAACGGGCAUCUCGCUUCUCUACUCCCAUACUUCGAAGCCAAACUGAACCGAAGUCAAGGUCGGUACACGACCGACGACAUGGCCAUUGAAUGCAGAGGGAUCGUUAUGGAAACGUUUUGCGGGUGGCUGGAAGGCGUCCGUCGUACGUUUGGAGAAUCGGAUUUGGUCCAAGAGCAGGAUGGGUGCCUUCACCUGGGAUACUGGAAGAAGAGCUAUGGGCAGGCUGAGUGUAAGGUCUGCGGGCAUUGGGAGCCCAUCUUCACACUCACCUGCCCCAGUUGCGGUGUUGAAGCGUGCGUGGCCUGCAAGUUUGCAGCCCCGGCUGCUCAGACCAUCCCGCAGUCUGGGAUGGCACCUUGA